UACGUACCAACGUCACGGCGCGUACCGUGUGCGUGCAACGUCAUUACGCCAGAAGAGAAGUGCCAACAUGGCGUUUACCUUGUACUCCCUGAUUCAAGCGGCGAUUUUAUUUACGAAUGCCAUUGCUGUGUUGCACGAAGAAAGGUUUCUCAGUAAAAUCGGUUGGGGGGCGGAUCAAGGCAUCGGCGGCUUCGGAGACGAACCAGGAAUAAAAGCACAACUUCUAAACCUUAUCCGAUCUGUCCGGACAGUCAUGAGAGUGCCUUUGAUAAUAGUAAAUGCAGUGUGCAUUGUGUUGUUAUUGCUGUUUGGAUGAACACUGACUCGGUAUGGAUUGUGGACUAACCGGCGAAAGAAAAUGGACUCCUUUUUUUUUUUUGUACAUGCAAUGUAAUUGUCUCACUGUUGUAUCCUGAUCAUACAGGGUUCAAGCGGCUAUUCCAAAGUUUUAUAUGUCUGGAUCUCGAUAAAUCCCUCUGUUUUGUUUGUCUGUAUAAUAUUGAUCGAGCUUUCAAGAGAGAGCUCAUGUCACUCUUAGUCCUGUUUACACGAUUCGUUCUUAAUAUCGAAGCUCUCUUUAACUGGUGAUAUCCCCGUCACUCCUGCAGCCAUAUCGUUAACGACAAACCUUUAGGGACCCAUCUGUGUAAAGCUUAUUUAUGUCAUGUCAACAUUUCAGACUUUUUAAAAUCAGACACUCUUGACAUUGAGAGUGAAAGAAACGAUUAAGGGAGCAAGUCGUGUUGCGUGUUCUGUAAUUAUAGUCUGAUCUUGUCAAAAAAAAAAAAAAAAAAAGGCUUCUGUGGUAACCUGCUCUCGGUCAGUUUCAUACAAAAUUCUGUGGACUGUUGAUGUUUGAUGCACCGGUAAUCGCCAACCUCUGUGAGCCAGUCAAUGUUUUUAAUAAAAGAGCGUCUUUUCAUGUUUGA